AUGGCGAGCUCCUCGAAGGACAAUCGCCCGACCUCUUUGUGGCAGAUGAACAAGACUCAGCUGUUCGCAGAGGCAUCGAAGUUGAACAUCGUGACCCACCCAUCGUGGAUUAUGGGGGAAGUGCGACAGCUCAUUGCGGACAAGACCCGCCCAGACCACAACCCCCAAAGGGAUGGGGAGCGUGACCCGCGAUCAGUUGAUUGCCGAAUGCGACAAGCUGGGGGGCAGCUGUUGUUGAUCAUUCGGGACUCCACAACGUACGGGAGGGCGAACUGCGUUGUGACCUUCGGACGCCACAAGGGCAAGCUCUUUUCGGAGAAGGAGGUGGAGGCUCAGGGAUGGGAUGCGUGCAGUCCGGAUCUGGUCAGCCUCAGCAUGUAUGCCGCGGAGGUAUUCGAGAAGGAUUUGCCCUUCGAUCCGGAGGCUUCCCCAUCGGUGCCGAUUCCGGAGGACAAUGCCUCAGUGACGUCUUGCUGGAAGAGCCAAUGGUCGGAACUCACGGAUGUGGCGAAGGAGCUGAACGGCGUCCGCGCGCCGUGGGGCAAUCAACAGCCCAUCUCUCCGAAGGCCACUCCGAAGAAGCAGACCGAGGACGACGGUAAGGAGGCGACGCAACAGGAUGUGCCACCGGAAGUGAAGCAGGAUGUGGAGGACUUGAUGGCACGACUCGCGGCGCUCAAG